AUGUCAUUAGUGAGAGAAGACGUUCUUUGUGAGAAACAAUAUGAAGAUAGUUCACUGAGUGCAAAGAUUCCAAAUGAUCCAUCGAUUUUUCUUCCACCAGCAAUAUCAACGUUGAGCAUCAAUGAUCCACUCGUAGACAAAAUUAGUUUCUCUCGACAAUUUUCCGGUGUCUUUUACACUUUGAUAUCAUCACUGCUCUUCACGUGUGCUACCUUUUCUAUCAAACAAUUAGGCAUUGAUUUACUGGACGCAUUACUUCUACGUUUCAUCCUCCAAACUUUGGGUACGUUUUCAUACGUACGUUAUAAACACUAUCCAAUUUUCCUCGGCAAUCCUACUCAAAUACUUCUUCAACUGUUAUGUUGCGCAACAGGUGCAAUGGGAUUAUUCUUGUUUUUCAUUGCUGUACGUUAUGUGGAAUUAUCCGAUGUGACAACAUUGAGCUAUACACGUGUGGUUUGGACAGUUGUGUUCAGCAUGAUUUUGUACCGUGAACGACCCACUUGGAGUACACUGACAGCGCUGCCAUUAACUCUUCUUGGUGUUGUUUGCGUUGCUCAACCGACGUUUCUUUUCGCAUCAAAAGUGGUAUCUACUGAUAGCAAGUAUCGUUUUCUCGGUCUAGCUUUAUCGAUCACAACUGCUUUCACGGGUACAACGAACGUGUUAACAUAUAAACAAUUAGUUUGUACAUCGAAGGACAUCAAACCGAGUGUGAUCAAUUUCCAAUACUGUUUUACUACUCUAAUUUUACUUUUUAUCAAUCAAAUCUACAAGAAAUACAUUCUCCAUACUGGUCUGACGUGGAGUAUUUUACUUUCCUGCCGAUUUAUUCUGACUUCGAUCAUUUCUUUGGCGAUUAUUCUUGUGAAUAUAUUUACACAAAAAGCCAUCAAACGCGAACAUCCAGCGGUCUAUUCACUUCUCACUUCCGCGGAUAUCAUUUUCGCGUUGAUACUGCAAAAUAUUUUCACACCGAAACGCUCGAAUUCAUUUGCAUUACUUGGUUCAGCACUGGUCAUCAUUAGUGUGCUGAUUAUUGGUUUAAACAAGAUUAUCAACGAACGUUCAUCACAUAAAAGAAUCAAAUUGAUUGAUACCAAAGUGAUUGCCAAAGAUUUCGAAGACAAAACUGAGAAAUGCUAA